GACUGGCAAGUCUUUGCACGCCUCCCUCCCACCAGUCAUCUCUUUCCAUGAAAUUGUCCGUAGAAGAGAAGUCUUCUUUGCUUCUUUGGCAAUUCCCGAACCAUUACCAGCCUGCCUGAACUGCAUGCAAUUCAAUGGAUUCACCAUGCAACAUGAAUAUGUCGACCACGCGGCUGACCCUCCUGUCCUUGUUGAUGUUCUCGUGCUAUUGCAUUCGAUUCUCUUUUGUUCUUGGUGCUGCAACGAGCCCAAUUUCAAUGGGGCCAGAGCAUCGCGAGCUCAGACACUCUAGUAUCUUCUGGUGGGGUAUUUGAGUUGGGUUUCUUUUCCCCAGGAAAUUCUUCUCACACAUACCUCGGUAUAUGGUACAAGAAGAUUAAGGGAAGAACCAUUGUCUGCGUGGGUAACUGAGAUCAGGCUGUCACCACCUCCUCUCCUGCUCUUGCCAUAGUCGGAGCCAAUCUUGUGAUCAUGGAUGGCAGAAUAACCUACCAGGUUAGCGAUAAUUCCAUCAGUGGGAGUGUCGGCGCAAUGCUGUUGGAUACGGGAAAUCUUGUAUUGUGGGACGAGAGCUCAGAAGCAGUUCUGUGGCAGAGUUUCGAUGAUCCUUCAGAUACUUUUCUGCCUGGAGUGAAACUUGGAUACAGCAGAAAGACUGGAAAGCUAUGGGCGCUGGCAUCGUGGAAUUCUUCCACGGACCCUAGCCCCGGGGAUUUCUCCUUGAGAAUGGAUUCCAGAAGCCCGGACGAGGUUUUUAUCCUCAAAGGGAAUAUGAUGUAUUGGACUACUGGGCGUUGGGAUAUCGAUAGACAAGCAUUCUCUCUUAUCCCUGAAAUGAUGUUAAGCACCAGUUUCAAUUUCAGCUUCAUUAACAAUCGGAAUGAGAGUUAUUUCACAUAUUCGCCUACGAGUUUGGUUGGUAAUGCAACUACAAGAUUUGUUAUGGACCUGUCUGGAUAGAGGGUGCUCACCUGGCUAGAGACAUCGAAGCAAUGGAGCCACUCUUGGAGUCAACCACGGCAAGCAUGUGAGGUCUACAAGUCCUGUGGUUCAUUCAGCAUAUGCAACGGCUAUCCUUUUCCUUCUUGUGACUGCUUGGAUGAAUUUAGGCCCUCAGAUCCGAAGAAGUGGCGACAGAACGAUACA